UUGCAGGACAGAGCAAGUACCGUGCGCUUUGUUUCUGAACAAUUAGCACCAGUAUACCGAUACUGCGGAACUAACCAACAUGUCGGGGAGAUGGGCUGUUGUGGUUUUCUUUGCAACAAUCAGUGUUCUAGUAUUCAUGGACGGUGUGGAGGCCAAACCUAAGGUUUGCUAUAUUGGCCGUCUGCCAAUGCCGGACUUGCAGAAUCCGGACAUUUACCAGUGGAUCAAACAUUUCAAGGACUUCGUAAGGGCACGAUGUCCAAGGUCAUGUGAUGUUGUUGCAACAGGUGGUUGUCUGAAUCCUCGUCGUUUGGGUUUAGAAGACGGUAGCAUUCCGGAUGAGCGCAUUCGGUCAUCAGAUGAUGGGGAUCGGAGUCCGAGUGCUGCACACGGACGACUGAAUGGUCCGUCGUAUUGGAGACCACGCUUUCCUUAUGGCAGUUGGAUCGAGGUAGAUCUGGUCCAAACUACCAGAGUGUCUGGCGUCAUCACACAAGGUAUUCAACUGCAGUUUAGUACAUGGCUUGUGAGGGAGUUUAAGGUGUCAUACAACCCUACACCUUUGUCAUCUAGCUACGAGUACGUCAGGGAUGACAACGGGGAUAUCACGGUGUUUGAUGGCGGUGAUAUCCACCAUGCUUCUACCCCACACACCAAUUUCUUCAACCAGUCGGUCAUGGCGUCUGUUGUCCGCAUUGAGAUACAGCGUUGGAUCGUAUCAGUCGGUUUCCGGUUCGAGGUGAUUCAGUGCCCUCAGUGAACAACUAUGUCGUGAUGAAAUUAUGUAGAUUUGUGUAAAACAUUAGAACCAAUCAAUUUUCAAAAUUUAUUUUCAUCACAACAGGUAUUUCUCGAGUUAUUGUGGCCACAACGAGUGUAAUUAUUUUGAUCAACAAUGAAAGUUGACUUCAGUUGGGAUUGCAUUUUUCGCACUUAACACACAACAUUGUUUUGCGUAUAUUAUUUCCAUUGUUCGACAAUUUCUCUUGACAUUCAACAGGCGUGUGUUAUAUAUCAUGUCAAAUUACCAAAUGUAAUUUCAGUUUGAUGCAUGAGGUAUUUCUGGAGUUAUUGUUUGGACAACAAAAAUGUUGUAUUUGUUUCAUUUAUUAUAUUUCCUGAUGGAAGUUGACUUCAAUUGGGAUUGCAUUUUUCACGCCUAAAACACUACAUUGUGUUGCUUAUAUUAUUUCUAUUGUUCGGUGAUUUGUCUUGACAUUCAACAGGCUUGUGUUAUAUAUCAUGCCAAAUCAUCAAAUGUAAUUUCAGUGCGAUACAUGAGGUAUUUCCAGAGUUAUUGUUGGAAAACGAGUAUCUUGCGAUUAAUUCGCCUUGUAUUUUCGCGCUUAACACGCUUCAUUGUUCUGAUUAUUAUUUUAGGCCAAAUAAAAAAAAACAUGUUUAGCGUCCCCGUCCGCUUCCUUUUUGGAGGCC